CUGUUGGAUAUCUUUUAUUCCAUAAUCUCUAUGUAGACUUAACACAUUUUUUUUCUUGAUUUUCAGAGUAAAAGAGACCAUCUACUGAUGAAUGUAAAGUGGUACUACCGUCAGUCAGAGGUUCCUGAUUCAGUUUACCAGCACUUGGUACAAGAUAGGCACAAUGAAAAUGAUUCCGGACGGGAGCUGGUCAUCACAGAUCCAGUCAUUCGGAAUCGAGAGCUCUUCAUCUCCGAUUAUGUUGACACUUACCAUGCGGCUGCUCUCAGAGGCAAGUGCCACAUCUCUCAUUUCUCAGAUAUAUUUGCUGCUCGGGAGUUUAAAGCCAGGAUAGACUCCUUCUUCUACAUUCUGGGGUACAAUCCGGAGACCCGGAGGCUGAAUAGCACCCAAGGGGAAAUUCGUGUGGGCCCAAGUCACCAGGCCAAGCUUCCUGAUCUACAGCCAUUCCCUUCGCCUGACCAUGAUCCUGUCACUCAGCAUGAAGAACUGGUGUGGAUGCCCGGUGUCAAUGACUGUGACCUGCUGAUGUACCUGAGGGCAGCCAGGAGUAUGGCUGCCUUUGCGGGGAUGUGUGAUGGGGGAUCCACAGAAGAUGGCUGCGUUGCUGCUUCUCGAGAUGAUACAACACUUAAUGCACUUAACACACUACAUGAAAGCAACUAUGAUGCUGGGAAGGCACUGCAACGUUUAGUGAAGAAGCCCGUUCCCAAGCUGAUAGAGAAGUGCUGGACAGAAGAUGAAGUGAAACGGUUCAUCAAAGGAUUACGGCAAUACGGAAAGAACUUUUUCAGGAUUCGGAAAGAGCUGCUGCCCAACAAAGAGACGGGAGAACUUAUCACCUUUUACUACUACUGGAAGAAAACUCCUGAAGCAGCAAGCUCCCGUGCCCACCGCAGGCAUCGAAGGCAGGCAGUCUUUCGGCGGAUAAAAACUCGUACCGCCACCACACCAGUAAACACUCCCUCCCGGCCUCCAUCCAGUGAGUUUUUGGACCUGAGCUCAGCCAGUGAAGAUGACUUUGACAGUGAGGACAGUGAGCAGGAGUUGAAGGGUUAUGCUUGUCGCCACUGCUUCAGCACUACUUCCAAGGACUGGCACCACGGGGGUCGGGAAAACAUUCUUCUUUGCACUGACUGUCGGAUUCAUUUUUAAGAAGUACGGAGAGUUACCCCCUAUUGAAAAGCCUGUGGACCCCCCACCAUUUAUGUUUAAACCUGUCAAGGAGGAAGAAGAUGGUCUGAACGGAAAGCAUAGCAUGAGAACUCGGAGGAGCAGAGGCUCGAUGUCUACGUUACGUAGUGGACGUAAGAAACAGACUGCCAGUCCAGACGGCAGAGUUUCCCCCAUAAAUGAAGACAUUCGUUCCAGUGGCCGAAACUCGCCAAGUGCUGCCAGCACAUCUAGUAAUGACAGCAAAGCAGAGUCCCUGAAGAAGCCAUCGAAGAAGAUAAAAGAGGAGCCCUCAUCCCCAAUGAAAAGUGCCAAACGUCAGAGAGAAAAACCUGCUUCUGACACAGAGGAGGCUGACAGAACCACAGCAAAGAAAUCCAAAACACAAUCAGAAGGAGAAGGGGAGGGUGAAGGAGAAGGUGAAGGUGAAAGCUCCGACAGCCGAAGUGUUAAUGAUGAAGGCAGCAGUGAUCCUAAAGACAUUGACCAGGAUAAUCGCAGCACAUCUCCCAGCAUUCCCAGUCCCCAAGAUAAUGAGAGCGACUCUGACUCCUCAGCCCAGCAACAAAUGCUGCAACCUCCAAGUGGAACUCCAGCAAUGGUCCCUCCUGCUGUUUCACCAGGGCCUCUUCCAGCAAUUGCUCCUCCACCACACAGCAUUGCUCCUGCCCAGAUAUCACCUUCUCCAUCAAUACCUCCUAUUCAGCCUCCACAGCCCCCAUCUCUCUCACUUGUUCAGGCACCAGUUUUGCACCCUCAAAGACUUCCCUCUCCACACCCAGCAAUACAACCUAUUGCAGGGUCACAAGGAGAGCCACAGCCUCCAGUCCCUACUCAAAUACACCCACAAUCACCUCAUCAUGGACCAUUAGCUUCUUUACCACAUAACAUGCCACCACAACCCAUUUUACAGUAUCCAGGUUCUUCUCCACCUCAGCCCUGCCCUGCUCAGGUCUCUCCAGUGCCACAAACCCCAUCUCAUAAUUUUCCUCAUAGUACUCAGGGACCACCAAAUGCUCCUCAGCCUGCUCUGCAAACACCACCUCAGCCUUUGCGUGAGCAGCCUUUACCCCAAGCACCCAUUACCAUGCCUCAUAUCAAACCUCCUCCCACCACCCCUAUUCAGCAAACUCCUGCACAGACACAUAAACAUCCUCCCCACUUACAAGGGCCAUCUCCCUUCUCCCUCAACUCUAAUUUACCACCACCCCCUGCUCUUAAGCCACUUAGUUCACUACCUGCCCAUCAUCCUCCUUCUGCUCAUCCACCUCCUUUGCAGCUUAUGCCUCAGAGCCAGCAACUUCAGGCAACAGCAGCUCAACCACCAGUCCUGACUCAAAGCCAAAGUCUUCCCCAAACACCGGGGCACCCUCAGUCAGGUCUUCACCCCUUACCUCCUCAGCCUUCCUUCUCCCAGCAUUCAUUUGUGCCUGGAGGCGCACCAUCUAUAACUCCUCCUACCUGUGCUCCUGCUCCUACCCCAUCAUCCUUGCCAUCACCAUCUCCAAAUCUUCAAACACCCUUACCCGUUACAACUUCCACUGCUGCUUCCAGUGUCUGCAUUCCUGUGCCACCAAUACAGAUCAAAGAAGAGGUACCAGAUGAAAUUGAUGAGCCUGAAAGUCCUCCACUUCCUCCUCGAAGCCCAUCACCAGAACCCACUGUGGUUGAUGUUCCUAGUCAUGCCAGUCAGUCUGCAAGAUUUUACAAGCAUCUGGAUCGUGGUUACAACUCAUGUGCAAGAACUGACCUCUACUUCAUCCCACGGGGUGACUCCAAGCUGGCCAAGAAGAGGGAGGAAGCAGCUGAAAAGGCAAAGAGGGAAGCAGAACAAAAGGUCCGAGAGGAGAGGGAGCGAGAAAAGGAAAAGGAGAAAGAAAAAGAGAGGGAACGGGAGCGCGAGAGAGAAGCAGAAAGGGCAGCAAAGGCUUGCAGUUCCCACGAAGGUCGUCUUGGAGAGUCUCAGAUCGGAGGCCCAGCUCAUAUUCGACCAUCCUUUGAGCCUCCACCAACAACCAUAGCUGCUGUCCCCCCUUAUAUUGGGCCAGAUACACCUGCUCUACGUACACUAAGUGAAUAUGCUCGACCGCACGUUAUGUCACCCACCAAUCGCAAUCAUCCUUUCUUUGUCCCUCUUAAUCCCAAUGACCCUCUAUUGGCUUACCAUAUGCCAGGCUUGUAUAAUAUGGACCCUACACUUCGUGAGCGGGAAUUGCGUGAGCGGGAACUGAGGGAACGUGAAAUCCGGGAGAGGGAGCUACGGGAGAGGAUGAAACCUGGCUUUGAGGUUAAACCCCCUGAGCUGGACCAACUCCACCCUGCUGCUAACCCCAUGGAACAUUUUGCUAGACAUGGUGCCCUUACCAUCCCCCCAACGGCAGGACCACAUCCUUUUGCUACUUUUCAUCCUGGUUUAAACCACUUGGAGAGAGAAAGACUGGCCCUGGCAGGACCACAACUACGGCCAGAAAUGACUUAUCCUGAGAGACUGGCAGCCGAACGAAUACAUGCGGAACGAAUGGCAUCACUUACUAACGAUCCCUUAGCCCGGCUACAGAUGUUCAACGUCACACCUCACCACCACCAACACUCGCACAUACAUUCACACCUCCAUCUUCAUCAGCAGGACCCAUUACAUCAAGGUACAGCAGGUCCUGUGCAUCCACUGGUUGACCCACUGGCAGCUGGACCUCACCUGGCACGCUUCCCAUACCCUCCUGGUACCAUACCUAACCCCUUGCUAGCACAGCCACCUCAUGAACACGAAAUGCUACGGCACCCUGUUUUCGCUCAUUAUUAUCCUCGGGAUCUGCCUGCAGGUAUUCCGCCACCAAUGUCUGCUGCUCACCAGCUCCAGGCUAUGCAUGCCCAGUCUGCGGAGCUGCAGAGGUUGGCAAUGGAACAACAAUGGUUACAUGGUCACCCUCACAUGCAUGGCGGGCAUUUACCCAGCCAGGAAGAUUACUACAGUCGUCUGAAGAAAGAAGGGGACAAACAGUUGUAA